AAAGAGAGCCAAACCCUAGAAGAGAAGAGAAACCGUAGGGGGAGAAGAGAUCGAGAGAGAUGACGCAAAAGAGUAAUCUGUUCAAGGGUCAACAGAAGAGGAAGGCUAUUCCUCCCAAUCGACACGGAAAAACUUCUCAAACCCGCAAAGGGAAGAGAUAUGUGAAACCAUCCAAGAUCACGAAGGACCUAGACACGGACCGGGAGCUGACAAAGUUUAUAAACCAAUGCAAUGAGAUGAAAGCAGCCGCUGUUGCUAGCAAAGAAGGCGGCCAACUAAGCAUCAUCAAGCCAGCCGCAGAUACACCAAAGGACAAGAAGAAUCCCCACAAGUAGCUUAAGGUGAAAUUGUAUCUACAAUCAAUACUUUGUUUCAAAGACUUCUGGGUGUUGCUUAUUUAUAUUGAGACAGUUCUUGUUGUAGAAACUAGUGUGGUGGUGGGAUAGAUGUAAUUCAGAUGUCUUUAUAUGCUUAGCUUUAUGAGAAA